AGCCAUGUUGGCUCAAGCCAUGUUCGCCCAAUGGCUGCGAGGUUUGCCCCAGGUACUCCCUUCUAUUCUUAGGACUGUUCUUACAUGUCCAAGCAAUUGCCGACCCACCGCUGGCGAAUGAGCGGACCUUCGCGACUGCAUCCGUGUUCGCUUCCAUGAUGGUCGCCGAGCUGCAGCGCAUCCAGGUGUCCGUGCACGGGCUAGACGGCAAUGAGGCGGGCGGGCCUCAGAUUGAAGACUUCGCGGCCGGCGCGCCCAGGCUUCUCGAGGAUACCUUCGCUUGUCUUGCACAAAGAGUAUUGGUUUUGUGUGUGCCCGCUCCAGGGCGCCGCGCUCUUGCAGCUUGGCAAGAGUACCAUCAUGACAACCUUACCGUUGUCGACCCCCUCCAGCAAUCACCGGCUUGACCGGUCACUGUGCCAUUAAGGCUGCUGUGAGCCCAGGCACCAGAUGAUGGUCUGAUAGUAUUCAGGGUUUUGUAUCAUUUAAUGUUCCUGCCGAAUUGUCUGGAUCAUUGCUUGGGACAACACUGGGUCGUUGGGCUUCACAGUCGCAACCGCACCCAGCAGAUUCGUCAGGCUAUGUAACCAGGUUUUUUCCCCAAGUGAUGACAUUCAGUAGUUAGAGCCAGCAAUUGCCCAAUUGGUCGGGCAAGUUUUCACAGCACCAAUCUCGCUGUCGAGGUUUCGAUCCACACGGGCAUCUCGUGCGACUCAGUUCCAGCGCUGUGUUCAUUUUUGGGUUUCACGAUCCGCCGGAAAACUAAUUGUGCUGUUUGGGCGAGGCACCAGCCGGUGUGUCAACAAGGCUGUUGUGGCACUGGGCCCAGGCAGCAGAUGUUGGUCUGAUCGUAUCUGGGCCUUGUACAAAAUUGUUUUCCCGCCGAUUUGUUUUGACCAGUUCUGGCCUAAUAACUUUUUGGGCAAGAUUUGGCAGUUUGGCGUCACAAUCGCAACCGCAUCUAGCAUAUUCGUACAAUGUAGCGUGGUUUUUGAGCUAGAUCCAGCUUUCUUCGUUGCAAUUGCCGAGCUGAUUGGGCAAGACUUUUGUCGCAGCACGUUGCUGAUUCAUCAUCAACACGGGUCUCGUGCGAUCUACCUUGCGAC